AUGGUUGAGGUCAUGGACGUGGCUUUGUUGGACCACCACUUUAUCGGCAUCGACGUCGGCACGGGCUCAGCCCGCGCUUGUGUCAUAGAUGCGACCGGCGAGAUCAAGGGACAAGAACUCAAAGAAAUCAAGCUCUGGCAGCCAGCCAGUGGCUACAGCGGCUCUCACUAUGAGCAAUCGACCACAGAUAUCUGGAACGCCAUCGCCUACUGCGUGCGCUCCUCUCUCGCCAAGUCGGGCGUCGACAAGAACACCGUCCGCGGUAUCGGCUUCGAUGCGACCUGCUCCUUGGCCGUCUUCACCCACGAUACCGAUGAGCCCGUCGCCGUGACCGGCCCGAACUUUGACAAUGCUGAUGGCAACGACCGCAACGUGAUUCUCUGGCUCGACCACCGCCCGGGGGCCGAGACUGAGCUGAUCAACAGCACCAAACACAACUUGCUGCGCUACCUCGGCGGCAAGAUGAACAUUGAGAUGGAGAUGCCCAAGGUGUUGUGGCUCAAGAACAACAUGCCCCCCGAGCUGUUUGCCCGCUGCAAGUUCUAUGACUUGGCUGAUGCCUUGACCCAUCUCGCUACUGGCGGCGAGACCCGAAGCUUCUGUAGCACUGUGUGCAAGCAAGGGUAUGUGCCUGUCGGUGUGGAUGGCAGUGUCAAGGGUUGGCAGGAGGAUUUCUACCAGGCCAUUGGCCUGGGCGAACUUGCGGAGGAUGGUUUCCGCCGGAUUGGUGGUGUCAAUGGCGUGAACGGUGACUUCUUCAGCGCUGGCGAGCGGAUCGGCGGCUUGUGCGAGAAGGCUGCCAAGGACUUUGGUCUCCCCGUCGGUGUGGCCAUCGGCAGUGGUGUCAUCGACGCGUACGCGGGCUGGAUCGGAACAGUUGGUGCUAAGGUCAAGCUGGAUCCCGACUGCCUCGACGACUCCGUCGCGCACAACGAUGUCUCGCAAGCUUUCACCCGUCUGGCGUCUGUGGCUGGCACCUCGACGUGCCAUUUGGCCAUGUCCCGCGACCCCGUUUUUGUGCCGGGCGUCUGGGGCCCUUACCGCGACGUGCUCACGCCCGGCUUCUGGAUGGCCGAGGGCGGUCAGUCAGCCACUGGCGAGCUGAUGAAGCACAUGCUCGAGACUCACGCCGCCUUUGACGAUACUACCAAGGAGGCCGCCGCCGCGGGCCAGAGCAUCUACGAAUACCUCAACCACCACCUGCGCCACCUGGCUGACCAGUCCAACGCGCCCUCGAUCUCGUACCUCGUUCGCCACUACUUCUUCUACGGCGACCUGUGGGGCAACCGCUCGCCGAUCGCCGACCCCAAUAUGCGCGGCGCCAUCAUCGGCAUGAGCUCCGACAAGAGCAAGGACGGCAUGGCCCUGCUGUACUAUUCCACCAUGGAAUUCAUCGCUCUGCAGACCCGCCAGAUCGUCGAGACCAUGAACGCGUCGGGCCACACCAUCAAGAGCAUCUUCAUGUCAGGCAGCCAGUGCCAGAACGAGAUCCUCAUGGACCUGAUCGCCACCGCCUGCGGCAUGCCGGUGCUGAUUCCACGCUAUGUCAACGCCGCUGUCGUCCACGGCGCUGCCAUGCUGGGUGCCAAGGCUGCCUCUGCCGAUAAGACCGGCAAGACGGAGCCGCUGUGGAACAUCAUGGACCGCAUGAGCAAGCCCGGCAAGGUCGUCUGGUGCCGCAACGACCCAGCUGAGAAGAAGCUCCUGGAUGCCAAGUACGAGGUGUUCCUCGACCAGGCUCGCACUCAGCAAGAGUACCGCAAGAAGAUCGAUGAGGCCCUCAAGGGCUCCACCCUCGAGGUCGAGAAAGGCUCCCUGGGCCCGAACCAGAGCCAGGGCCAAAGCACAACUCCCGCCGCUGGGAACAGCAUCUUCGGCUCGACGACGAACAGCAACUCCCUCUUUGGAAACAGCGCGGCAUCCACCGCUGGGGCAGCCACCCCGACACAGGCGAGGCCGUCCGGGCUCGGAGGAUUUGGCUCGACGUCCCUGUUCGGCGCCUCGACCACGACCCCGCAGGGCUCGCUUUUCGGCGGCAACCAGUCGACUGCCACGCCGACAGCCCAGCCUGCUGCUGGCACCGCCGCUGCUGCUCCCGGGAAUAGUUUGUUUGGAAGCACGUUGGGGUUGAGCGGUACCACCGCGACGACCAGCCAGACUGCCCCUGCCGGGGGAAGUCUUUUCUCCUCUGCUGCUCCUGCGGGUGGGCUGAGUCUUGGUCUGGGAGGCGGCUUCUCAACUACCCCGGCCGGUUCGAUAAACCCGCAACAGCAGCAGCAGCAACAACAACAACAGCAGCAGCCGCAGCAGCAGACCUUAUUGCAGUCGCAGCAGCCGCAGCAGCAAGGCCCGCCGUCUGCGCUUCCGACUGGCGCGCUGUUUGACAGCCUCCUCGCCAAGAACAAGAAACAAGCCGAGGGCGAGACGGCGCUGGGCGAGCUGCCAGCGCUUCAGCUCGGGCUGGGGGACCUCCGUCAGCGGCUUAGGCAGCUUGGCCCCACGCACGACAAGCCCGUGGAACAUGGCAAGGCACACUAUUUUCUCGCGGCGUCGGGCGUUGACCCCGGUGCGGCGGUUCGUGAUCUCGGCGCGUUCGGGCUCCAGGCCAAGGAACGCGGAGCCGGUGGUCAGGGGAACGGCGGGUAUGGGACUGGCUUGGGCGAGCUGGAUGUCGACACGUAUUUGUCGAACUUGCAAACUAAGACGACGCUGAGCAUGAUUGCGGAUGGGCUGGACCGGUCGGUCCGGGACUUUGACGCGUUUCUGGAGGAUAAUGUGACGAUGGAAUGGGAUGCGAAGCGUCAGAGGAUUUACGAGCAUUUUGGAAUCAAGCCGAGGGAGGAUCUGGCUGCGGGCGGUGGUGGCUCACAGCAGCCGGCUGGGCGCGCGUCGACGCCUCUGAAGGACGGCCAGGGCACGUUUGGGCGAUCUCGACGCAAGGCAAGCCAGGCGGCUGGUGGGGAGCGGGCGUCACAGCGGGCGAGUGUGCUGGGCCGGUCGGCGAUGCAGCGCUCGGUUAUUGGAACGCCGAGCAGGAUCGGGUCGCAUGCGUCUGAAUUUACGGAUGUGGCGCCACGCAAGGACGGUGCGAACGGGGCGGCCGGAUCGCUGGAUGAUCGGUUCUUGCGGGAGAAGCAGGGCAAGCUAGCCGAGAAGAUGCACGAGUUCAACAACGCUCGGCAGCAAGGCACGCCCAUCUACAUCUGCCGUGACCUGGCCGACUUGGAGUCCAAGUCGGGCGACCCGCAUGCCCCGCAUGUUGUGGAGGCAUACCGGGCAAUGAUGGAGAUUGUGGGUGAGUACCCCGAGGCCGAGGAGACGCCCAAGGCGCGGCAGUUUGCGAAAUCGUACCUGGAUCCGAACCCGCAAUCGGCCGACGCGGUGAAAAUGCGGAAGCAGAUCCUCAACGGCGCGACGGCGUUCCUAGAGAAGCAGUUCUGGCACGAGGUCAACACGCAGAUCGCCAAGUACCCGCAGGACGCCAACCUCGGCGGGCUGCCCGAUGUGAUCAGCAAGACCAAGGCGUACGUGCGGCUGAAGUUUGCGCGCAAGACGCUCAUGUCGGACAAUGUCGACCUGCAGCAGGCCAACGGCGAGUACAUCUGGGCGAUUGUGUUCUUCUUGCUGCGGUCUGGGUUUGUGCACGAGGCCGCGCAGUACGUCAACGACAACCAGGGCCACUUCCGGACGAUCGACCGCACGUUCUCCGGGUACAUCAACAGCUACGCGUCGAGCGAGGAGCGGCGGCUCAAGCGGCAGAUGCAGGACCGGUGCACGAGCGAGUACAACCAGCGCAUCCGCAACGCGCCCGAGGGCUCGAUCGACCCGUUCCGCAUGGCCUGCUACAAGAUCAUCGGCCGGUGCGACCUGACCAACCGCAGCCUGGAGGGCCUGCAGACGGACGUGAACGACUGGGUGUGGCUGCAGUUCACCCUGGCGCGCGAGACCGACCGGUCUGUCGAGCUGGCCGGCGAGUCGUACGGCCUGGCCGAGCUGCAGGCGAGCAUCCGCGAGAUCGGGCUCAAGCACUUCCCCAAGACCCCUGCCGAGGACGCUAAUGGCAGCUUCGGCAUGUUCUUCUACCUGCAGGUGCUGGCGGGGCUGUUCGAGCAGGCCAUCGCGUACCUGUACGCCUUCUCGUACGUCGACGCGGUGCACUUUGCCGUCGCGCUGACCUACUACGGUCUGCUGCGGCCCACGCCCGCGAUCGCAGAAGCCACUGGCACCAACGGCGGCAAUGAGCUGCUGUCGCACAACACGCGCAACCAGCCGCAGAUCAACUUUGGCCGCAUGCUCGGCUACUACACGCGCGACUUCCGCGCGGCCAACGCAGCCGCCGCCGUUGACUACCUCGUGCUGAUCUGCCUCAACGCCGACGAGGCCACGGGGGCCGCUUACCAACAACAGGCCGCCCUCUGCCACGAGGCGCUUCGCGAGCUGGUGCUCGAAUCGCGCGAGUUCAGCCGGCUGAUCGGCGACAUCAAGCCCGACGGCCAGCGCAUCCGUGGCGUGAUCGAGCAGCGCGGCCCACUGAUCGCCCUCGGCCACGAAGACGAGUUCAUCCGCGCCAUCACGGUGCAAGCCGCCAGCUUCGCCGAGGACAACGGCCGCACCACCGACGCCGUGCUGCUGUACCAUCUCGCCGAGGACUACGACACCGUUGUGUCCAUCGUCAGCCGCGCGCUGAGCGAGGCCGUCUCGCUGGAGAUUGGCGAGGAUCCCAUGCGUCUGGUGCCCGUCAAGCCGCGCGUCGAGGGCGGUGCCGAGCCGGAUGCGGCCCAGCGCGGGACCAGCUUGAGCUUGGCUGCGAUCGAUGACCCGGUUGAGUUGGCUCAGACGAUGAUGGGCAUGUAUGAGCGCGAUAGCAUGUUCCGGCAGCGGAUCCGUGAUCCUAACCGUCAGGCGUGCCGCGUGUUGUUGAGCAUGAGCGCUAUUAAGAAACUAGUUGAAGAGGGGCAGUGGCCGACGGCCUUUGAUGCCAUCCGCGCCCUAGACAUCCUCCCCCUCACCGCGAACGGCGACCCAACCCAAAUCCGAAACUACGCCGCCCGCUUCCCGUCCUUCCCCCAGCCCGUGGCCAUCAACGUGCCCAACCUGCUGCUGUGGACGGUGGUCUGCUGCACGCGUCAGCGCGAGCGCCUGCUGAUGAGCCAGUUCACGAGCGGUAACCAGUCGACUGCGCGCCAGAUGGUGGAUGAUUUGAAGCAGGUUAGUCUGGAUUUGACGGCGUAUACCAGCCAGUUGAGGUAUCGGCUGCCGCCGCAUUUGCAUGAGGCGUUGGCAAGGGCUUCGGCUGAUUAG